CUUCACCUUCACCGCGCCGGAUAUCAAAGUGGUAUCAAAUCCCAACAAUCCUCAACUACUUGCCCAUGAACCAAUCAUGAUCUCCGCACGCUUGGGAGGCGCCCGUCGGCCCCUCCUCCGCACCCUCAACCUCAAUGCGCCAUCACCUCGUCGGAACUUCCGCCUACCUUCAGACCCGCCUCCAAAGACCCGCGUAGAACCCGAAUCCCGCCUGGCCAAGUCCUUCCGCGAAGGUACCUUGGGCGUCGAUGUCGACGCCAUCAACCUGCACCGGGCACAAGCCGUGCGGCGGCACAAAGUCCUGCAGCGGAGAAAGAAGCUCAUCUUCCUAGCAUUCUGCUCAUUCAUAGCGCCGUUUAUCCUAUCGCGGGUGUUUUGGCCGCAUGUGUAUGAAGAAAGAGAUCGGAAGAGGAAGCAAGAUUUGGAGGAGGCGGAGAAGAAGAUUGCGGCGGGGGAAGUGCCGAAGAGUAGAGGCGUGAUUGACCUGAUAUGGCCGAAGCCCGUCAACAAUGACAGUAGCCGCGUUGCCGCGGAAGAGUUUCAGGGAAAGAAAGUGGUGGUUGCCCCCGGGGAUAAGAUCAUUGCGGCUCCUAAGGACGCGGAGCAUCCGACGGCGACCGAUGCGGAGGCGGUGGAGCUAGUCGAGACGGGCACGUCGUAUGUGCCAUAUUUCCCGAGGACAAUCGAAAUCCCUACGUCUUCCGGACCCGGGGGAGUUGAAUCGAAGGCAGAGUAUACAUUGCUGGGGCUAGGUGUGCGGAAGGUGUCAUUUCUGCGUGUCCAGGUUUAUGUUGUUGGGCUUUACGUUAAGACGUCCUCGCUCAGCACUCUGCAAAACCAUCUCAUCAACACGGUAAACCCCAAUGCCUCUGCACUGAUCCCGGGCGAGAAGGACGACUUGCGUCAAGCAUUGCUCGAUGCCAACAGGAGUAACGAGAUUUGGGAAUCGAUCUUGACCCAACGCGGAGCAAAUGGCGUGGAAAUGGCUCUCCGCAUUGUCCCAACGAGGGGCACAGAUUUCAACCACCUCCGCGACGGUCUGAUGCGCGGUAUCAUGUCGCGGACCGACGAGGUUUCGCGGAGACAGGCGGAGCUGCGACGGCAGCAGGCCGCCGAAUCCAAGACGAUUGCCCCGCCGACACCGGUCCAGGAGAGUGAGUUCUCCGACGAGAACUUCGGGCUCGCGAUGAAGGAUUUCAAGGCUCUGUUCGGUGGGAGAGGAAGUGCGCCGAAGGGCUCUGUGCUUCUCCUCACCCGGGACAGGUACGGUGCGUUGGAGAUGCUGUACCAGCCACUGAAGAAGACGAAUAAGGGCGAGAAGCUUGGGGAGCUGUCGCGGCUGGGUUCGGUUUACGACGCUCGGCUGAGCCGGCUACUGUGGCUGCUGUAUCUGGGCGGGCAGAAUGUGAGCUCUGAGGAAGCGAGGAAGAGUAUCGUUGAUGGGUGUAUUGGGCUGGUGGAGAGGCCUGUGGGCACCGUGGAGGCCAUGGUGCAGUAGUUUGGGUGUUCUGAUGUGACGAGAGGGUGUACAGUGGAUCUUGUAUUUUAGAUGAGGAGUAUGGAACUGGUCAGCGGAUUGGACUCUCCAAGAGACUUGGGUACCGCUCGGCGGUUUAUUUUGAUCUUUUCAUCAAUGCUUGACACAACGGAAUCUCAUUUUGUGUAUAUAUGCCCAAGGAUGACAAUGGGCUCGGCGUGAUCUUUCCUACCUAGGUAUGCAAUCCCCAAAUUCCCACUUCUCACUACGCCGCGACCUUAGUUAUGUGUACAUUAUCAAAACG